AUGGCGGUAAAAGAAUCACAGCCCAUCGCAGCAACCAACAAGCCCGUCACUAUCCGCCCGGCAAGCGUCAAGGAUGCUGGUCGCGUCGCAGAACUUGGGGCCCACGUUUUCACAAUCACGUUUGGUCAUUCAGUGGAGCCACACGAACUGGAGGCUUUCCUCGAAGAGUCCUACACUCCAUCAGCUAUCACAAAGGAUAUAAAUGACCAUGACAAGGAUGUUAUAGUCGCGACCGAUGCGAAUAAUGACAUCUUGGGCUUUGCGUACCUCACGCGGGGGACAACUGAACCUUGCGUCCAACAUGUUGAAAAGACGGUUGAACUUCAGCGCAUAUAUGUCCACCCCUUGGCACAUGGUAAAGGAGUCGGACGUGCUUUGGAAAGGGCCACUGAGACCAUGGCACGAGAGCAAGGCUUCAAGAACAUUUGGCUUGGAGUUUGGGAAGAGAACCCGAGGGCGAUCAAGGCAUACGAAAAAUGGGGAUACACUCAAGUGGGGGAUCAUGACUUUGUUAUUGGAACGGUGGUUCAAACAGAUAAUAUCAUGCUUAAAGCUUUGUGA